GCGGCGCACUUCCGGCGGCGCACUUCCGGCGGCGCACUUCCGGCGGCGCACUUCCGGCGGCGGCGGCGGCGGCGGGAGCGGCCGGGGCGAGAUGGGUCAAAGUCAGAGUGGUGGUCACGGUCCUGGAGGUGGCAAGAAGGAUGACAAGGACAAGAAAAAGAAAUAUGAGCCUCCUGUGCCAACUCGAGUUGGGAAGAAGAAGAAGAAGACAAAGGGGCCAGAUGCUGCCAGCAAGCUGCCCCUGGUGACACCUCACACUCAGUGCCGGUUAAAACUGCUGAAGCUGGAGAGAAUUAAAGACUACCUUCUCAUGGAGGAAGAGUUCAUCCGGAAUCAGGAGCAAAUGAAGCCUUUAGAAGAAAAGCAGGAGGAGGAGAGGUCAAAGGUGGACGACCUGCGGGGGACGCCGAUGUCGGUGGGGACCCUGGAGGAAAUCAUCGAUGACAACCAUGCCAUCGUGUCCACCUCAGUGGGCUCAGAGCACUACGUCAGCAUCCUCUCGUUCGUGGACAAGGACCUGCUGGAGCCCGGCUGCUCCGUGCUGCUCAACCACAAGGUGCACGCGGUGAUCGGGGUGCUGAUGGACGACACGGACCCCUUGGUCACAGUGAUGAAGGUGGAAAAGGCGCCCCAGGAGACCUACGCGGACAUUGGGGGGCUGGACAACCAGAUCCAGGAGAUCAAGGAGUCUGUGGAGCUCCCCCUCACUCACCCUGAAUAUUACGAAGAGAUGGGGAUCAAGCCCCCCAAGGGGGUCAUUCUCUACGGCCCGCCCGGCACAGGUAAAACCUUAUUAGCCAAAGCAGUAGCAAACCAAACCUCGGCCACUUUCCUGCGAGUGGUUGGCUCUGAACUUAUUCAGAAGUACCUGGGUGACGGGCCCAAACUCGUUCGGGAACUGUUUCGAGUCGCUGAAGAACACGCACCAUCCAUCGUCUUUAUUGAUGAAAUUGAUGCUAUUGGGACGAAAAGGUACGACUCAAACUCGGGCGGGGAGAGAGAGAUUCAGCGAACGAUGCUGGAGCUGCUGAACCAGCUGGACGGGUUUGACUCGCGGGGAGACGUGAAAGUCAUCAUGGCCACAAACCGGAUAGAGACCCUGGACCCGGCCCUCAUCAGACCAGGCCGCAUCGACAGGAAGAUCGAGUUCCCCCUGCCCGACGAGAAGACCAAGAAGCGCAUCUUUCAGAUCCACACGAGCAGGAUGACGCUGGCCGACGACGUGACCCUGGACGACCUGAUCAUGGCUAAAGACGACCUCUCUGGUGCCGACAUCAAGGCAAUCUGCACAGAAGCUGGUCUGAUGGCCUUGAGAGAGCGCAGAAUGAAAGUGACCAAUGAAGACUUCAAGAAGUCCAAGGAAAACGUUCUUUAUAAAAAACAGGAAGGCACCCCGGAGGGGCUCUAUCUCUAGAGGACCAGAGUUGCCUUCCGGGAGAGGCUGGGAGGGUCCCAGCCCCUGGAGGGGUGAGGUUGGGAGGGAGGCUGCCUGGGCGCCCGCGUGCCCGCUGGCCGGCCCUGUGCCUGCUGGCCACGGUUGGCAGAGCGUCUCACGUCCCUCCCAAGCGCAGUGUGUAGGGCCCUGGCAGGCUGCCUGCGUCCCAAUAAAGCGUGCUUUCUCUAA